ACAGAGAGACAGAUUGGGAUGGGGGGCUACGACCUAGGCGGAGUCUGAAGGGGCAGCCCUGGAAUGGAGAUCUGCUCCCCGCGACUUCCGCCAUGACAGCCGAGGCGUUUGCGUCUACAAUCCUUGGAGACCCCUGCACCCUACUCAUCUAUACGUAUCCCUCAACCUGAGACCCCUCUGUAGGGUUUUUGCCCUCAACUUCCCCGGGGAUUCUCCACUAUCAGUGAACCAGAAAAAUAACUACAUCUCUACUAGCCUGCUCCCUAAGAUCAAACAACGUGCUCACCUCGGGGCUCCGCUCCGACCAGUACGCUCAGCACCUCUUAGCGCUGCUUAUCCUCCGCACCUACCCUCUGUGUAUAUCCUUCGUGACAUCACCCCAUAAGCCUCUGUUGCUGCUCACCGUUUUCUUCAAGGUUCUUUUGGUACUACUGCCGUAUCUUUUUUGUUGUUGUUGGUUUUUCAAGGUUUCUCUGCUGCAAGUGAACGUGAAACUGACAACCUUUAAACCUUGGGCCGAGCAAAGCUCAGAUUUCCAAGCGCCGCCCAGCCCAGCCCUCCAGGUCGCGAGAGGCGCUGUCCGCUUUCUCAUUCCCCUGGCACGUGGACGUCCCGGCUCUCUAAUCUUGGGGUGAGAGGAAGAGGCAAGCCCACACUUCCGUGGCCUGGAUUGGGCGUGUCCAAAAGUCUCACGGGCCUGAGACGCCGGGAAGACCCACCCUGGGGCUCAUGGCGGCGCCGGUCCGCCUGGGCCGGAAGCGCCCACUCCCACUUUGCCCAAACCCGCUCUUCGUGCGUUGGUUGACCGAGUGCCGGGACGAGGCGGCCAGCAGGGGGCGCCACACGCGAUUUGUGUUUCAGAAGGCGCUGCGUUCCCUCAAGCGGUACCCUCUGCCCCUGCGCAGCGGGAAGGAAGCAAAGAUCCUUCAGCAUUUCGGAGACCGUCUCUGCCGGAUGCUGGACGAGCGGCUGCAGCAGCACCGAGCAUCAGGCGGUGAUCAUGCUCCCAAACCACCAUCUAGAGAGAAGAGUCCAGCCCAGGAAGGACCACCUGCCCAAGUCCAGGACUCUUCCAUGUCGGUUCCUAUUCAGCCCCAAGCAGGAGGCUGUAGUGGCUACUGGCCGGCUCGGAACUCGGGAGCCCGAGUGAUCCUGCUGCAGCUCUAUGAGGAGCACCUGAUGAGUGCUGCUGGCUGCAUUCAGAAUCUUGACGGCCACAGCUUCUUAACCAAGGAGGAGCUGCUGCAGAAGUGUGCUGUGAAGGCCCCCAAGAUAGUCCCUGGGAAUGCUCGACCCUGGCCUGCCCUCCGUGGUCUCCUCCACAGGAACCUGGUCCUCAGAACACACCAGCCAGCCAGGUACUCUCUGACCCCAGAGGGCCUGGUACUAGCCCAGAAGUUGGCUGAGUCAGAAGGCCUGAGCACUCUGAAUACUGGCAUUGGGCCCAGGGAGCCCCAUGGGGAGGAGUCAUCAGUGCCACAAGCAGCCUCAGUUGAGAUUGGUGCCAGCGAAGGUGAUAUCCAGCAGCCACCACUCUUACUGGAGCCUGGAGAGUACAGAGUGCUGUUGUGUGUGGACAUUGGUGAAACCAGGGGAGCAGGACACAGGCCAGAGCUGCUUCGAGAGCUACAGCGGCUGCAUGUGACCCACACAGUGCGCAAACUGCAUGUUGGGGACUUCGUGUGGGUGGCACAAGAGAUCAGACCCAGAGACCCAGCAAGACCUGGAGAGUUAGUCCUGGACCACAUCGUGGAGCGCAAGCGACUGGACGACCUGUGCAGCAGCAUCAUUGAUGGCCGCUUCCGGGAGCAAAAGUUCCGCCUGAAACGCUGCGGCCUGGGGCACCUGGUGUACCUGGUGGAAGAACAUGGCUCAGUCCACAACCUUAGCCUUCCUGAGAGCACACUGCUGCAGGCUGUCACAAAUACCCAGGUCAUUGACGGCUUCUUUGUGAAGCGCACCAUGGACAUUAAGGAGUCAGCCGCCUACCUAGCCCUUUUGACGAAGGGCCUCGAGAGACUCUACCAGGGCUGUACCCUGCGCAGCCGCCCUUGGGGAACCCCAGGGAAUCCUGAAUCAGGGUCAAGGCCCUCUUCAAACCCUCUCUGCUCACUGCUCACCUUCAGUGAUUUCAACACAGGAGCCAUGAAGAACAAGGCCCAAUCUGUUCAAGAAGUGUUUGCCAGGCAGCUGAUGCAGGUGCGUGGACUGAGUGGGGAGAAGGCAGCCGCCCUGCUGGAUCGAUACAGCACCCCUGCCAGCCUCCUGGCUGCCUAUGAUGCCUGUGCCACCCCCAAGGAGCAGGAGAUGUUGCUGAGCACUGUCAAGUGUGGGCGUCUGCAGAGGAAUCUGGGACCAGCCCUGAGCAGGACCUUGUCCCAGCUCUAUUGCAGUUACAGCCCCCUGACUUGAGCUACCCCAGGAGAUAAGCCCCAGCACCCAUCUUUCCCUCUACCCACGCUAGCCAGCCUUUUAAAAAAAUUGUUUUUAUUAUUAUUAUUUUGUUUUUUUCGAAGUAGGGUUUCACUCUAGCCCAGCUGAUCUGGAACUCACUAUGUAGUCUCAGGGUGGCCUCGAACUCACAGUGAUACUCCUCCUACCUUUGUCUCCCAAGUGCUGGGAUUAAAGGUGUGUGCCACCACACCUGGCUAGUCAGCCUUUUAAUAGAUCUUUAAGGAUAUAGGCAGGUGCCUUAACUGCUGAGACAUCUCUCUUACCCCUAGGGUUAUAAUAAAUAUCUAAGACUGGAAAGAUGGUUCAGGGGUUAAAGCACUUGCCUGCAAAGCCUAACAACAUGAAUUUGAUUCCCCAGUAUCCACAAAAGGCCAAAUGCACAAAGUGGCAUCUGGAGUUUGUUUGCAGUAGCUAGAGGCCCUGGCAUGCCU